CGAUAACAUCAUCAAUUGAAAAAAAAAGUCAAAACAAGCAAUUCCUUUGCUUGGGUUUUCUCUUUUUUGACUUUGGUCUUUGGGUAAUGCCUUUACAAAUGAAUGCCGCUUCCGGCUUCUCCCAUUCUUACGGGCAAAAACCAUGUCAUUGUCUCUUCUUCUUCUUCUUCUUCUUCGUGCAAUUGCUUUGCUGUCAUGCUUUGGCUGCUCCACGGCCUCGAAGCACUGCGGAGACUGUGGCACCACCACCGUACCAUACCCACUCAGCACCGGACCCGACUGUGGUGACCAAUCCUACAAGAUACGAUGCGAUUCAGGCACGCUUCGAUUCGACACACUCAAUGGUUCAUCCUACACCAUCCUAUCCAUCAACCCGGAGGUCCAACGGUUCGUUAUCAGCCCACCUAGUUUUGCCGGCAACAGUUGCGUGACCACCGAUAUCCGAAGCCACGGCAUCCAGCUCAACAGCAGCCUCCCUUUCAACAUCAGCAGCAGCAACACCGUCCUGUACCUCAACUGCUCCGACCUUGCACUGCAGUCAACGUUGAAUUGUUCGUCAAGGAGCCUAUGCCACACCUACAUCAACGAUACGGCAGCGGCAGCUCCGUGCGUGGAUGCUCCCAUCUGCUGCACUUUCAGGACUGGCGGAUCCACCAACUCUUACAUGAUCAGGGUUCGGGAGGGUGGUUGCAGAGCCUAUCGAAGUUUUGUGAAUUUAGAUGCUUCUUUGUCUGUCAGUAGGUGGCCCCAACCGGGGUUGGAGAUACAGUGGGCAUUACCUCCGGAGCCGUUAUGCCUGUCGCAGGCAGAUUGCAACGAGGGAUCGAAUUCCGCUUGCUCGCCGGACCCAGUCGAUCCCCGGCAGAGUAGAUGUUUCUGCAACACUGGGUUAUGGUGGAACCCCAUCAUCGGAUCCUGUGCUAGCAAUGUAAUUUGUCAAGAUCCCAGAGGUUGUGAUCGUUCGACCAAUCGAACUCCAUUAAUAACAGGUGUGACGUCGGUCCUGGGUGCGACGUUUAUAGUGGCUAUCGUUGGCAUUCUUGUAUACAAACGGCACCGGCGAAUCAAGGAGGCUCGGGAACGAUUGGCUAAGGAGCGACAAGAGAUCCUAAAUGCAAAUAACGGAGGCAAGUCGGCUAGGAACUUCACCGGCAGARAAAUGAAGAAGGCAACCAAUAACUUCUCCAAGGACAGGGUUCUUGGCUCCGGUGGCUAUGGAGAGGUGUUCAAGGGCGUCCUUACCGAUGGCACAGUCGUUGCCAUUAAGUGCGCAAAGCUUGGAAACACCAAGAGUACCAAUUUGGUCCUCAAUGAAGUUAGGAUCCUCUGUCAAGUGAACCACCGCAGCCUCGUACGCUUACUUGGAUGCUGUGUUGAGCUCCAACAGCCCCUUAUGGUCUCUGAGUACAUCCCCAAUGGGACUCUCUACGACCACCUACAUCCGGGUGGACGGUCGUCCAUGCUAACUUGGCGCAGGCGCCUCAGUAUCGCCCACCAGACGGCCGAGGGUCUUGCCUACCUCCACUCCUCCGUUGUGCCAUCUAUCUACCACCGAGACGUCAAGUCGAGCAACAUCUUACUAGACGAGAAGUUCAACGCCAAGCUCUCAGAUUUUGGACUAUCUAGGCUUGCCGAGAUUGAUCUCAGCCACAUCUCUACCUGUGCUCAAGGGACUUUGGGUUACCUCGACCCUGAAUAUUACCGGAACUACCAGUUGACGGACAAGAGCGACGUCUACAGUUUUGGGGUUGUAUUAUUGGAAUUAUUGACUGCACAGAAAGCCAUUGAUUUCAAAAGAGGAAAUGAUAGUAUCAGCUUGGUAGCUUAUGUGAAGCAGAAGCUGGAGGAGAAGAAGUUGAUGGAUACCAUUGACCCCAUGCUCAAGGAGGGAACAACCCGCCUUGAAUUGGAGAGCAUGAAGGCAUUGGGCCUUGUAGCCAUAGGGUGCUUGGAUGAACGGCGUCAUAAUCGGCCUUCCAUGAAAGAAGUUGCAGAGGAGAUAGAGUACGUUAUGGGUAUUCCUGUAGGAGAAGUUUCAGAUGCCCAGAUCAAUCCAAGAUAGUAGGGAUUGUGAUGCGUACCCAGUCGAAGGAUUUUUCUAGUCAAACUAUCGGGUGGCGUUUCUUCUUCUGUUUUUUACCUUUUGUUAACUCUGAUCAAGCAAAGAAAACUUUGUAGAUAGAUCAGCAGUGUUGAAGAUAUACCAUGAAAUGCACUAUGGAAAUUGAUUACAAUAAACUUUCUUCGGACUAUGUACAAGCAAAACAGGGUCCAAUAACAGAGAAAUUUCAAUA